AUGGCUGAGGUUAUGCCCUGGGUGCUGAGCGCCCACCUGCAAUUCGACCUGCAACUGGGCGGUGAUGCCAAGGUCACCAAGCACACAACACUGAUGGUCAAGCCCAGCCACACAUGGUUCUCAUCCUACCAUCUCUAUGGACAGAGCAUUGAGAUAGUCCACCAGACACUGGAUGCCAUCAAGGCGUUCCAAGCCCAAGGAACCAUGUGGAUCACCACCAUUGCCUCAUUUGAAGCCUACUCCAAGUGCAAAAACUCUCCCAGCACCACAUCGUCUUGGUGGGCACACAACUGCCAGGGCACAAUUCUCAACAUGAUCAUCAGUCACUCCUCCCAUCUCCAGAAACUCUGGGAGGCUGCCCAUGCGGCCAUCUUCUCCUUCCCUUUCAGCCAGGGUGCAGCGAGGCUGCUGCACAUGUCUGAGUCCCUCAUUGCUGAGGCUUGGGUUGACCCUCUCUGCAACAGUGCCAUGUUCCACUGGCUGAACGAUCCUGGCAACCUCACUCUGUUUGGCCACUUCCUAUUGGAGCAGGUCACCCUCAGCAGCAGAAUCACUGACACCACAGAACAAAAGCAAGACGCCAAGCAACUGGCACAGGCACUCAUGUUGUGGGCUUCCAUGAGCAACAUAGUGGCCACAAACGCCUCAGUCGUCAAGCGCCUGAUCAACACCUGCUUUCACAUUCUGCUGAAGUACAACAGGUCAGGCACCAAAAACGAUGAAAAGCCCCACGACCCAGUCAUCACUGAAGCCAUCUGCAUCAUCAUCAGCAGAUGUUUUGCCUGGCUUGCGGGCCAAACGCUGGGGCCAGAUUGCCUCAGCACACCGAACCUCAAGUACAUUGUCUCCUCCACAAUAGACCUUUGGACCAGUCCACAAGCCAUUGACAGCAUUGUUCCUCUCUUGUCGACAGAGAGCCUGCAGCACAUCUACACGGAGGGCCUCAAGCACCUCAGCAAGAACAUGGCGUGUCGCAGCCUUCUCAAGCACAUGGCCGUUUCCUUGAGAGGCGCCAGCAUCACUGACCCAAGCCCAGACUGGAUCAACAGGCUGUGCGAGUCGCUGGAACUCACCAGCCAAUGUUUCGACCCUGUAGGAGCAUGA